AUGACUGAUUCGAUGAAAUUUGGUCCAGAAUGGUUUGUAGUGUUUUUAACAACUUUAACUAUUAAUUAAUGUUUGCUUAUAUAUUUUAUUUGCUAGAAUGAAUAUAUUGAAUAUAUAGGUUGCGCAAUCUAUCUGGAGACACUUGCAAUAGUAGUGGCGGUGGUGGAAGUACCACAAGUUUAACUACACCACGUUAUCAAUUAGCUGAACAUAGAUAUGGGCGAGAAGAAAUGUUGAUCUUGUUUGAUCGCAAUUGUAAACCUCCUGAGCCAUUGACAAAUUUCUCAUCUUUGUAUGUUGAGAAAACUCAACUUCCUUUGGCGCUUAUACAAAUGACAGAAGAUGAAACGCGAAUGUGGAAUGGAGGAAUAACCAACGCCGGUAGAGGAAGAGGUGGAAGUGUAGAUCGUGGGGGGCGUGGAAGAAAUGCAAGAGGUAGCUUAUAUUCCUCUCAUUAUUCCCGUGGUGUUAGUUUCGAUGAUUCAGGAGAUGGCUCACGAAUUGAUAGUCAAUCAUUUCAAGGAAGAAAUCGCCCGUUUGAUAGAUCUCAAAGUGAACGUGGUUGGUCAGAAAGAAAUGGGGUCUCAGAUCCAGGAGAAUGGAAUGGUUCUACUAGUCCUAGAAAAGAAUUACGUUGUGGGGCUAGUGGUAGUUCUCUUAUGGAAAGCAAUUGGCGGCGUCAUCGUGGUGGUACAGAGGAGGAUGACGGUUGGCGAAAAUGGGGUAGGAGUAGUUGGCGUGAAAGUGGUAGUAUGGAUAGAGAUAGAUUAGAAAGGAAUGAAGGAGAUGGAGAAGAAGGACGAAACACUGGAAAUAGAUGGGAACAUCGUGGAAAUCAUAGGGUUACACACGAUUCGAGUCAUCAUCCACCCCCUCGUACAACACGUAUUUGGGAAUCAAAUCAUCAUGAUAAUCAUGAUAAUCUUCCCGAAUGGUGCAUUUCACGGUGGGAUGUAUUCAGAUGAUGAUGAAGAUGGGGUGAUUAGUGCAGGUGGUACUCAAGAAUCAAGGACUCGGCGUGUUUCCGAAGGAAGUGCUGCUAAUAUAAAAAAAUUACCUAGUAGCAAACCUUUGUCUUACAGCUCGACUCAAGGACAAAUACCAAGUCGUAAUACCAAUAGUGGGAUUAAUUCAGUUAGUAAAGAACGACCGAAGUCCUUACAUCCGCUAGAUGAUAAAAACGAACCCAUCGAGAAAGAAAAGAGGGGCAGUUCUCCAACAAAACUACCUAUUACAAUAACGGAUAAUACUCCUACUAAAAAUUUGACACCAACAUCAUCUGAAAUUUCACAAAAGCGAAAUACAGUAGCAACAAGUACAGAGCAUACGGAAACUGAAAAAAUAUCAUCGACUGAUUCAGAAACUGAUAAAUCUCCUGCUAAAGAAAAGAAGAAAGAAGAUGUUGAAACGGAAACAAAGAUGGAUCCAAUUUCUACCAAUAUAAAAAGACAAGCUCCAGUGCAAACAGAAUCUCAGAAGCUUGGGCAUAAUGCGGAAACGGAUAACGUGAGACAAAAGUCAGAAGAUGAUUUGGAUAGAAUGAAGGAAGAAGCUGACGCACUAGUUGCAAAAUUGAUGGCAGAUGAAGAAAACCAUAAGGAGAAGACUGCUAGUAUACCACCUUCUAUUGGUAACCAACCUUCUACAGUUCCACCUACGAAUGGACAGGAGAAAUGGUUUUACCGUGAUCCACAGGGCGAAGUUCAGGGUCCGUUCUUAGCAAAUGAAAUGGCAGAAUGGUGUAAAGCUGGUUACUUCACCGCAGGAUUAAUGGUAAGAAGAACUUGUGACGAACGAUAUACUACUUUAGGAGACUUAAUGAAGAUAUGUGGCAGAAUACCAUUUACACCUGGACCUGCCAUUCCUCCCUUAAAGUUAGCGGAUCAGGUAAUACCACCUAUUCCUAACACAGUACCAGCUGGUAUGUCUGCAUUGUCGAAAAGUAUAGAAGAUCCACUUCUUUUACUUCAGUAUCAACACAUGCGAUUGAUACAGAAUCAGCAAUUACUUUUAAGACAAGUACGAACAUCGGCUAUUGCGAAGCUUUCUCAAUCCGAGCAUUGGGCAACAUUAAGUCCUUUGGAACAAAAUCAAUUGAUUUAUCAAUAUCUUAUUCAAGAUUCAGAGAUUCCGGAAGUACCAAUCUCUACAAAUCCAUUCGUACCUCAUCUUCCGACUCAGGCUUCAAAUCCGGUUAUGCAACUUUUCACCCAAAUGCAACAGGCUAAGACACAACCAGAAACUCAUCUAACGCCAAAUCCACAUUCAACUACAACAGCACAUCCACCUACGAUUGAUCCUAUACAGCACCUUAUACAACAAAUGGGUGGUAUGCAAAAUGUACCGGGAAUUCAGCAAUCAAACAUAAAUACAACGUCAGCUGCAACGCAAGAAGACAAUCCUAUAAAAUCUUUGUUACGUCAACUCAAUGUCAAUGCAAACGGUCAUCCACAGACAUCUCAUAUCGAUACUGUUUGGCCACAACCCCCACCGCAAAUAAAUCCACAGUUUAAUGCACAGAAUUGGUUAGCGCAAGUACUUCCAAUCGACACAUACAUUGUUCAGGUUGGACCGAUACCAGCUAUACCUCCUGGCCAAUUGCCUACAUCAUUAUGGGAUCUGCAUACUAAAGAAAUAAAGACUGAACAACAGAUAUUGGAAGAACAGAAUCUUCGACUACAAGAAGACAGAAAGAAAGAAGAACUUCGAAAACAAGAAGAAUUACAAAGACAAGCUGAAGAAGAGAAUGCGAAAAGAAAAAAGGAAGAGCAGGCUAAACAAGCAGAAGAAGCAAAGCGCAAAGACGAAGAGAGAAAAAAAAAAGAAGAAGAAAAGAAACGGAAAGAAGAGGAAAAGCGCAAACAAGAAGAAGAAAGGAAGAAAAAAGAGGAAAAGAAGCGUAAAGAAGAGGAGAAAAAACGAGAAGAGAAACGAAAGCAGGAAGAAGAAAAUUUAAGGAAAAAGCAAGAGGAAGAAAAGAGGAAAAAGGAGGAACUUAAAAAGCAAGAAGAGAAACAAAAGAAAGAAGAGGAAAAAAGAAAAAAAUUAGAAGAGGAACAGAGAAAACAAGAAGAAGAGAGAAUGCGAAAAGAGGCAGAGGCACGUAAGCAGGCUGAAGCUGAAGAAGCUCGGCGAGCAGAACAAAGACGACGAGAAGCGGAUGCACUCCGUCGAUUACAAGAACGAAGUAAAGCACCAUGGGCACAAGCACCUCGUACACCAGCUCCUGCUACCCCUGCUGCUUCAUUAGCUGAAAUUCAGAGACUCGAACGAGAAAAGAAAGCGGAAGAACAGCGAUUUCAACAAAUGAUGCAACAACAAUUAGCGCAACAGAAAGCCAUGGAAGCAGCUCAAGAAGCAUCAAUAACAGAUUCUUCUAAAAGAUUGCAAUUUAAGUGGGCAGAAAAGGCUACAACUUCUUCUAAAACCGUACCAGUAAAGAGCCUUGCACAGAUUCAGCAAGAAGAGCAAGAACGAAUCGCCAAGCAGCAAGAAAGGGAACGCCAAGAAAAAGCAGGACAGAAAGAAUCGACGAAUGUGCUACAAAACGCUGGAAUAUGGGGUACCGCUUCUCAAUGUUUGAAUUGGGCCAAUUCAAGUAGCUCUAAUAGUCAAGCUUGGUCAAAUAAUAGUAGUACAACUGGUUUCUGGGACGAUCCUACACCAAUCAAACCUUCUACAACCGCGAAACAAUCUAUUAAACAGAUUGCUACAGCAAAGGCUCUUACUGCCAAUCAACAGCAGCAACAAAGUAAUAAAACAAACAAGAGUAAGAAUAAACGAGAAGAGGAACUGGUGAAGAAAUUAUUCGAACAAAACACUGCCAAGGCCGAUGAUUUUACACAAUGGUGCAACAAAGCCCUGAGUGGUUUACAAGUGUCUGUAGACAAUAGUUUGAUGAGCAAAUUUUACGUGUAUACAGUCCCCACAUUUGUUGGAUUUUUGCGAGACAUUGAGUCUGCGUAUGAAGUAAAAGAAUAUGUUCGAGAUUAUCUGGGUGAUAAUAAACAAAGUUCUGAGUUCGCGAAGCAGUUUUUAGAGAAACGUAGCAAGUGGCGAUCAGCCCAACGACCUCAGGCACAAGCGGACGACUUGUGUAAACCAGCGCCUGCUGUUAAUCCUAAUGCACCUACGGAAUUUCAGGAAGUAAAGGGAAAGUCAAAGAAGCCAAAGAAGGGGAAAAUGUACAAAGUUGAUAAUAGAAUUCUUGGCUUUAGUGUAACCGCAGCCCCUGAUCGUAUUAACGUAGGUGAUCGCGAUUAUGGGGAAGGUGUUUGAAUUAAUUCUGACAACAUUAACUGUAUUAUGGAAAUUGUGCAACGCUUGGCCCAACAGAUGGUUUGUUAUUUAUUUAUUGUAGAUGCCAAAUAA